UUUGACGUUGAUUGAUAACAGCUGUUGUUUAGAAUGUUUUGAUAACAAUAUUUUUCAUAAUUUUUAAGAAAUCUAACGAUGUUUUACUAUAUUUUGACUAUUUAUCUACUGCUACAAUUCGUACAAACGUUUGAGAAGAAAAGUGAUUGUGGUUGCAAUGCUUUCGAUGAGGGUCGUAAGUACUCUGCUGAGAACAACUUUUUAGAAUCUAUGAAUGAAAACUUGGAGCAGUGUCAUUCUAAUAGCGAAUUAACUGAUCCAAAAGAUAUUCCAAACGAAAAUAUGUUGCUCAUACCUGGUGGUGAAUAUCAGGUUGGCACAGACGACAUCGCUAUUGAGACCGACAAAGAAGGGCCAAAAAGGAUGGUGAAGUUAAGCAAAUUCUUAUUAGAUAAAUACGAGGUGUCAAAUAGAGAUUUUGAUCAUUUUGCCAGAGUAACAAAUUAUAAGACUGAAGCUGAAGUUUUUGGAGAUAGUUUUGUAUUUACAUUAUUUCUUAACAAUACAUUUAAGGAUCAAUUAAAAGAUUUUAGAGUUGUACAGGCGCCCUGGUGGUAUAAAGUAGCGGGCGCAAACUGGAGACAUCCUCACGGGCCUGAUUCUGAGAUAUCAGAUAUUAUGGACCACCCUGUGGCACAUGUGUCAUGGUCAGAUGCCAAAGCAUUUUGUAAGUGGAGAGGAGCCCGUCUCCCAACGGAAGCUGAGUGGGAGGCAGCGUGUCGCGGUGGACAACGCAACACCAAAUAUCCUUGGGGUGACAAACUAUUUCCGAAUAAAAAACAUAUGGCAAACAUCUGGCAGGGUACAUUCCCCACUCAUAACUCAGCUAAAGAUGGAUUUAUUGGCACAAAUGCUGUAGAUUUAUUUCCUGAAAAUGGUUUUGGACUUCAUAACAUGGCAGGAAAUGUUUGGGAGUGGACUGAAGAUCCCUGGUCAGAAGAAAAUCCAAAAGAAAAGGUAAAAAAGGGUGGUUCAUAUCUAUGUCAUCGAUCCUAUUGCUACCGUUACCGAUGUUCGGCAAGAUCACACAAUACAGAAGACAGUUCUGCUGGAAAUCUUGGGUUUCGCUGUGCCAAAUCUUUUUGAAACAAGUCCCAGCUAAUAUGCAGAAUAGGUGGCAGCCAAAUUUUACCAAUUAAGCAGGCAGUACUUAAUAGUUACCUAACGAUCAAAUGUACCUGCCAAGCCUCGCAUUUACGAAAUAGAUUGUAUUGUCUAAUCCUAAAGAUUUUUUACCCAGUGUUUUAAAAAAAUUGUAUGAUUUUUUUAAAACACUGAAAAUUUUUAAGUGUUACAACAUGUAUAAUUAGGGAUUAUUUUGUAACUAGUCUUCCAAUUGCAUUGGUGGUUUACACAUAUUAGCACUUUUGUGUAAUGUAAUGUUAUUAACUAAAAAAAGUUGUAGAAAGUAGAAGCAAAAUGAUCCUAGCCUAGUUUAUAUCAUACUAGCUAGUCUAGUUUAUAUCAUACUAACUUUCCGCCCGCGGCUUCGCCCGCGUGGAAUUUUGUCUGUCACAGAAACUUUAUCGCGCGCGUCCCUGUUUCAAAAACCGGGAUAAAAACUAUCCUAUGUCCUUUCCCGGGUCUCAAACUAUGUCCAUGCCAAAUUUCAUCAAAAUCGGUUCAGUGGUUUAGGCGUGAAAGAGAGAGAGACAGACAGAGUUACUUUCGCAUUUAUAAUAUUAGUAUAGAUAAGAGAUUUAUUUUAUUGAAAAUUGGUAUAAUAUAAUAAUACUUAAUAUCCUAUGAGAAAACUUUAAAUUGUGCACAAUUAUUCCAAUAUAAAAACAUGAAUUACAAUAACUAGAAAUAAUAUACUUAGAAAUCCACUAUUUCCAUUGAGUAAGCUUAGUCUAUCUUAUAUUUUGUUUUUACGAUUUAUGUUAUGAUUGUGAAUUUGUAAUUUACUUACCUACUUUAAAUAUUAUAAAUAUUGCAAGUCGAUCUGAUACUUAAUAAAAUUAAUGAAUGAAUUGUUUCUGUUGAAAAUUUAUUUUAUUGCACAAACCUUUAUUCACAAAUCCAAACUUUGGUGUACAAAGAGCUAAAGGUGCUAGGUGAUAGUUGGCCGAUUCAUUGGAGCUGGACAGAAAUUAAUAUAAGCGGAAUUUAUUAAUAAUAUCAGCUUCAGCUCAAAUGAUCAACCUGUUACUGCAACACAGAAAAAUAAACAACAAAUGUUAUAUUAAUUAUACUUAUGUAUUUAUUUGCAUAUCUUUGUAUAAAAAUUACAAUAGGUACAUAAACAGAUUUCAUUGAAAAUUGAAAAAAAAAAAAGUAUAAAAGUGGCGAGCUCAGUUUAUGCUUAAUAUUACAAUCGGACAACACUGUUUGGUGGAAGAAAGCACCGUAUAAUUUGGUAAGUACAUAAAAGAAAAAC